GUCAUCUGUGGAUUGGAUUCGGUUUUUUUGUUUUUAUUUAUUUUUGGCAUGGACUCGGCGGAAUCUCCCACCAAAACGCAGGCCGGCGAGGACGAGAACUACAGUCUGCUGUGCCAGGCGCACGAGCAGUUCAACAACUCCGAGUUCGAUCGCUGCCUGGAGCUGCUCCAGGAGCUGGAGACGCGUGGCGAGAGCAGCGGUCCCGUCCUGCGGCACAACCGGGCUGUGGUCAGCUACCACAAGACCGGGUGCACCCAACACUCCGUCCUGCUCAAGGAACUGGAGGCCCUAACGGCCGAUGCCGAUGCACCGGGCGAGGCGUCCAGCGGCCUGAGCCUCAAGCAGGGAGCCGCCGCCGCCACCGUGGCCCGGUACAAUCGGGCGGUCAUCUACUACCACCGCCACAUGUUCGGAACGGCGCUGGAGAAGCUGGCUCCUCUAGUUGCCCGCCUGGAAGCUCUGGAGAAGGCGAUGGCGGCGCUGGUGGCCACACUGCAGCUCCAGCUGCUGCUGGCCACGAAUCAACUGAACCGUGCCGAGGCCUUCCUGGACUAUUUGCAGUACAAGCUCAACCUGGUGGCCACGGCGCCCAGUAGCAAUCCAACCGAGGAGCCGGCUGCCGUUGCCUCGGCUUCUCCGCCGGCGGCAACGCCCAGUUCAGUGGUGGCCACACCAGGAGGAGCAGUUGUGGAGGGUCCAGUGCCGGGUCUAGGCGGUAGCCUGCAGCUUUUGCAGCUCAUAACGCUCGUGCUCAACAGAAAACCUGUGGUCAUCCAGGAGGACGGCACGCCGGAGUACGCUGCUCUGAAGGCACAGCAGUACUACAUAAUGAAGGACUUCCAAAUGGCCGCCAAGCAGCUGAUGCGCAUCAAUAACGAAUGCACCCAGGCGGGCACUGUAACCCCGCAGCUGAGCACUUGCAUCGCCAACAACAUGGGAGUGAUCCACUUGAGAGUGCGCCACUAUGCCAUCGCCGCCAAGUUCUUCCAGAAUGCCCUGAACUUCGACCAGCAGCUGGCGCGGAACUUGCGACAGAGCACGCUGCAAACCAUGAGCUCGGCGCGGUCUUGCGAGAUCCUCUACAACCUGGGCGUGGCCAUGCUGCACCUGCGCCGCCCCAAGGAGGCUUUCCAGUGCUUCCUGGUGCCCGUCAAGCAGUUUCACAGCAAUCCACGUCUCUGGUUGCGGAUGGCCGAGGCCUGCAUCAUGGAACACGAGGCGAAACUCGUGGAGGAGGAACGCCAGACGCAGGCAGGAUCCUCGCCUUCAACAAAGCCAUACGCUCCCCAGUCCGCGGGAGUGCCGGAGCCCACCCUGGAGUUCGCUGCCUUGUGCCUACGUAGCGCUCUGACCCUAACGCAGAACUACAAGACGAGGUUCCACCUGACGGUUUCAUCGGAGGAUGUCGAGACACCCGAACCCAAGGACCCGACUCAGGAGUCUUGGCGUCAUCCGCAGGACAAUAACUUCUGCAAUCCCUCCAAGCCCGUCAGCCUUGAGUCGCUGGAGAAAAUGAUGGCCGCCAUAUAUGCGGCGCACAGCUUCGUAUCGCUGCGUCUGGGCGACGAUGUGACGGCGCUUGAGAUGGCGGAGCAGCUGCUGGCCUGUGAACGUCUCUCCGAUGCGCACAAAUUGCUGGGUCACAUGUACGCUGGCGAGGCAUUGAUGUUGAUGGACAAGGCGGCCGAAGCACGCGACCAUUUGGACCCCACCUUUGUGGGCACACUGAACGCUUUCGAUUUUGAGACGCGUGACUGGCAACUGAAGUCGGUGGACGCCGCCCAGAACGUGGUGCGUUACAAUCUGGCUGUAGCCAUGGCCCUACAGAACGACCUGCCUCAAGCGAAAGCACUCCUCGCCAACCUAAGCCACUCGUUGGUGAGCAGCAAGGCGUUGGCUUUGCGACGUUUUAUAGACCUAAAGAUGGGUGCCCUUCCUGGCGGGACGCCCAGUUAGACAACAAAUUUUGUAAAUACUUAGACGGAAUUAAAGAACGAGAUUGAAGUGACGAGGAAGCCAA